AUGAGGCGCAGUGAAACGGAUCGACCGCGCACCAUCGAAUUCCACUAUCGCAAGGGCGGGCGCCUGGUCGAAACCGACCGGAUCAGCAUCUCUGCCGAUGGCAAGACCUUCACGUCGGUCGAUACCGAUCAUGCCACUCCCAAUGGCGAACUCGCCGUCUAUCGCAGCACCGCGCGGCGCAGCGCCGAUGGCGCUCCCGGAGCGCAUCCCCUGGACGGAAGCUGGGUCACGACCUCGUACGACAAGGGGUCCGACAACACGAUGACGGUGACGAUGCGGAUGGAGGGCGAUCGCUUCUCCUUCGCCGAUGGCACGGGGUCGCACUAUACCGCGACGCUCGUGGCCCGCCGGUAA